AUGCCAUCGCAACUCACAAAGCGGGAUCCUGGUUACGACACAGUAUCUAUGAAAUCUCAGCCGCUGAAUAUGGAUAAAUCAGCGGCAGAUCCUCAGCUUUCGGCGAGAUCUGCUGGCUGGUCGGCUUGCGCCAGUCUCAUGAAACAGUAUGAUACUGAGCGUGUCAAAAUGUGGAAGGAUGACAUUGACACUCUGCUUGUAUUCGCGGGCUUGUUGUCCGCUGUAGUAUCUACAUUCAGCGCCCAAUCGUAUACCAUGUUGCAGAUUAAUUCAAGCACAUCCCCGAGCACCUUCCAGCCUCCUUCCUCUGCCGUCCGUUUGAAUAUUCUCUGGUUUUCCAGCCUUGUAUGCAGCCUAGUUACUGCCCUCACUGGUAUACUGGCCAAACAAUGGCUUCGGGAAUAUACAACUGAAGGUUCAUCCUCUUCUCGAGAGGCUGUUCGGCUACGACAGCAUCGCUACAAUAAUUUGAUACGCUGGCAGGUUCCAGGCAUUAUAGCAUCUUUACCCCUCCUUCUUGAAGCAUCACUGAUCCUCUUUCUCUUGGGGCUUAUCGAGCUGCUUUGGUCCUUACACCGGGUGGUGGCCGAAGUUGUUACUGCUCUCAUAGUCACUUCGCUGUUGCUCUACGUGGCCACCUCUAUUCUGCCAGCUAUUUUGGCCACUUGUCCAUACAAGUCUCCCAGAUCGUGGGGUAUUUUCCUUAUGUGGGAACUAUUAUACGAAGCGGUGAUGGAGAUGGGUCAAGGAAAAACAGCUUCUUCGUUCCCCGAGGGAUGGCGGGAGCGCGAUAUGAAGUCUUUGCAGGGCCGCCGAGGCCUACUUGAUAGAGACGCUUUUGCCUGGUGCCAUAGUUCGUCAUCGGACCAGGACAUGUUAGAUUCAAUCACGCCAGCUCUGGAAGAUCUCAAGCCAGCGAUGGCCGUCUCCUUCGUCUUCCAGAAAGUCGCUGAAGCAGCGGGCUGUUCGGUUACCACCCUCAUCAGCAGUAUCCGUGAUUCUGGCUCAGAGCCUCUCUCCGACGUGUUGGCUCUGGUUAUUGGCCCAAGAGGAACGGCGAGGACGAUCAGGAUGCUGCUCUGUAUCCUACCGAAGAUCCCCCAUGACACGGUUUCGACCAUAGUCAACGUGCUUGACGCUAUCUGCAUCUUACGCCAGCUUCUCAUGCGGUCAGCUUCGUCUUUCUGCGAUAGCGAACUCCAUCGUCAAGCCCUUUCAGAUCUCAUCGAGCUUGUCAACUACUGGGAACCCAUCCCUGUUCAACGUGCCUCCUUGCACCUCUUGUGGGACAUGACCUCCUCAGGAUGCAAUCUCCAUUUCUGUCCAGAUGGCAUUGGCAAUAUAUUGACUUGUGCUAAAGAUGCGCUUAGUCGAAGUGACCUAGAAAUGUUCUGCAUGUCAUGUGCAGUUGCUCUAGGACGCUUGCCCGCGCUGAAAUUGACCGCACGAGAGUUUGAAGGUUUUCGUCGUAUUUGGCUGGAGGAUUGGAUGGAAGACAUAGAGGUAUAUUUUCGAGAUCGGAAUGCUCGCGAGCUACCCUAUGACAUUGGGUUCACAACACGAUGGUGCACUGGACUCCUAGCCAUGACCAAGCAACUUGAUGAAAAGCUUCCACUAGGAAGUCUGCUCAAGACAAUGGACGAGGGCGUCUCGUUAAAAAUAUGUUGUCGUGAUUCUGAAGAGCAGGAUGCUUGGGAAGAAUUAAAAGACAUGUAUAGGCACAUUUUCACAACGGAAUUAUAG